AUGGUUUCUGAUACGAGUAAACCGGUAACGGGAGGAGGUACCGAAGAGCAAGUCUUAGGUGACUUCAAAAUUUCUGACGACCUUUUUGCCUUCUCCAUUUCCCCGGCUGAGUUUCUCACUUCUCGACCACAGAUUCACAACCUCAUAGCUGGCACUAUUGUUUUUCGAUCUCUGUUUGCCGCUCCUAGCGGUCCCAAUCUUGAAACGCUCUUGAUCCAACGAGCUGCCUCAGACUCAUUCGCCCUCAAAUGGGAGAUCCCAGCGGGAACCGCAGAUCUCACGGCUGAUACUAGCAUAGCUGGUGUUGCGGUUCGGGAACUUUGGGAGGAGACUCAACUGCGAACACGGAAGCUAACCCACUCGGUUGGGUUGGGCCUCCCUGAUGACGUUUCUUAUCUGACAUUGGAGGGGGAAGCUGAAGAUGCAAGGAUGGAUCCUGAUUUGAAUAUCUUCUUAUUGAGGGUUUCAGGUCUCACUUGGGCAAUAGUAACCUUCAUAGCCGACAUAGAAGAUAAUCAUGGAGCAGUAACUCUGCGGCCGGAUGAACACCUGGCGUGGGCCUGGGUUUCUGAGGAUGAAGUUAAGGAGGGACGAUUUCGUCACGGCACAGGACAGAAUCUGGAAUUUGUGAGCGAAGCUAUGAGAAUGAUUGUGCUGGAGGGUUUCAGAGUAAAAAAGGAACAGGGAACGGCACAAAAAUGA